GUGACCGCAGAGUAGGCAGCGAGGCUCCGCCGGGCUCCGCGAGGCUCGAUGUCAUCGCACGGUCACUUUGCGCGCUGACAUGUGAUGUGACACACAAGUACACACACACACACACACACACACACACACACACACACACACACACACACACACACACACACACACACACACACACACACACACACACACACACACCCGAACAGACCGAGCCCAGCCUCCACGCACCGACCUGCUCUUCUCUGCGUCCCCGGACCACACUGAGAUGGAGAUGUCAGCAGCUGCAGGUAGCCUGAGUAUGUCUGGUCACCGUCAGCGCUCGGUGAAGAGGAGGAGGUGGGGAGGUUUGAGGCAGCAGUGGAAGCUUCUGGGCUUGUUUGAGAUCGAUCAGCAGCACGAGUUCUACAGCCUGACCUGCAUGAUGAAGGAGGGAUUGGCAGCAGCCACCCAAAACACCACUGACAAUGCACCUACAAAUGAGCUGUCAGAUGAUGAUUUCAGAUUAAAGGUCACUCAGAUUCAUAAGGAUUUUACAAUGGAGACGUUUGCAGGCCCGGUGUUUUCCAGCCUGCGUGGAUCUUUAGGAAUGACAGAGCAGGAAUAUCAGCAGUCUCUCUGCUCUGAAAACUGCUACCUCCAGUUCAUUAGCAACUCCAAGAGCAAGGCCGACUUCUUCCUGACAAAUGAUAAACGCUUCUUUUUGAAGACCCAGAACAAAAGGGAAAUCAAAUUCCUCCUGUCCAACCUGAAGAUCUACAUAGAACAUCUGAGGAAAUACCCCCAUUCGUUGCUGGUCAAGUUCCUAGGUGUUCACAGGAUCAAAAUUCCACACAGGCGGAAGAAAUACUUCAUUGUUAUGCAAAGUGUGUUUUAUCCUGAUGAUCGAAUCGUUGCCAGGUAUGACAUUAAGGGCUGUGAGGUGAGUCGUUGGACGGAGCCUGCAGCAGAGGGGAGCCAGAUUAUUGUGGUUCUCAAAGACCUCAACUUUGAAGGCCAGUUCAUCACUCUGGACCAGCAGCGUCCCUGGCUCCUGCGGCAGGUGGAGAUCGACACACACUUCCUCCGGAGGCUCAACGUGUUGGACUACAGUCUCCUCGUGGCCCAUCAGCCCUUACACCACGAUGAACGCCACCAGAGUCUCUCCUUCGCAACUCUCAUUAUGAGAACCAAAAAAUCUGUGAAUCCAGGCUCCAGCCCUAUCCACGCAGGCAUAACUGCUGUGCCUGGGUCAGUCCCAGAAGAUGACGCCACCUUACUGUUGUGUAAAACAGAUGGCAGCUGUUUGACGCAAUCACAAGCAGAAGUUGCAUCAAGUGGUGGCAUGCUUCAAAUGUACCCAGAGCAUGCAGGGCCAGGCAGUGACGCAGCUGAGCUUCCAGACUUCCAAGCCCAAAACCGACGUUUACUACCCAACUUAAAGAAUCCUCUGCAUGUCAUUGAUGGGCCUGAGCAGCGCUACUUCAUCGGCAUCAUUGACAUUUUUACAGUUUACAGUUUUAAGAAGAGGCUGGAGCAUUUGUGGAAGAGGCUGAGACAUCCAGGCCGAUCCUUCUCUACCGUCAGUCCACAGACUUACUGUCUCAGGCUAUGUCACUGGGUACAGGACCAUACUAAGUAGGCCCUGGAUGAAUGGUGGAGACUUAAAGGUCCAAAAUGUAAUAUAUUUACUGUAAUAAAUCCCAAAAUUACCCCAAUGCGUCAUCAGAUAUUAAGGAAACAUGCUAAGUUGAAAUA